AUGCAGUCUGAUUCUCGAUUAUCCGUUUUAAAAGAAUAUCAUGUAUUAAAUAAAACAAAUACAAAAUGUCGCAUCGUACAAUCAUCAUUUUUAAAUAAUCAAUGUAACUUGUUAAGAUUUGAAAGCUCUAGAAAUUUUAGUACAAGUUCUAAACGUAAUGAAAAAAAAGAUGAUAAUGAUGAUAAAUCGCCAAAAAAUAAUGGGUCAGAUCCUGUAAAGCAUAUAGUAGUUACUUUAAUCAAAUUUGUCAUCUUGAUAGUAUUUAUCAUUAUUUCUGUCAAUUUUAUACUGGUUCCUACGCCAGAGGCCACAAAUCAUAUUUCCUGGCACGAAUUUGUACAUGAAAUGUUAGAGAAAGGAGAAGUGGAAGAGAUUGUAGUGGAUCCGAUAAGUAAACUAGUAAGAAUACAACUUUAUCCAGGAGCAAUUAUUAAAGGACAAAAAGUACCCUUUCGUAUAUAUACCAUGUAUAUUCCAGAGAUUGAAAAGAUAGAAGAAAAAUUAAGGAAAGAAGAACAAAAGCUAGGUAUAAGAAAAGAUAAUGAAAUAUCAGUGAUUUAUAAUAGAAGUUCCGAACCAAUGUUACAAUUAUUGAGACUCCUUAGUAUUGCUCUCCUUGCGUAUACACUUUUCAGUAGAGUCUCAGUUUUACCCAGCAUUAAGCCAUUUUUAAGUAAAUUGAAAAGUGCAAAAUUUACAUUGGUCGAACCAUCAAUGAAACAUGGCAAAGGUGUACGCUUUGAGGAUGUUGCGGGAUUAAAGGAAGCUAAAAUAGAAGUUAUGGAAUUUGUAGAUUAUUUAAAACAACCUAAACGAUAUCAAGUUCUCGGAGCUAAAGUACCUAAAGGUGCUUUAUUAUUGGGACCACCAGGCUGUGGUAAAACAUUAUUAGCGAAAGCAGUAGCAACAGAGGCAAAUGUACCAUUUUUAUCUAUGAAUGGAUCUGAAUUUAUUGAAGUACUUGGUGGAUUAGGUGCUGCACGUGUCAGAGAUUUAUUCCAAGAAGGAAAGAAAAGAGCACCCAGUAUUAUAUACAUUGAUGAAAUUGAUGCCAUUGGUAAACAGCGCUCAGAAUCUUCAGACAAUUUUAGUGGCGAUGAAUCCGAACGUACUCUGAAUCAGCUUUUAGUAGAGAUGGAUGGAAUGACAUCAACAGAGAAUGUCAUUGUUCUAGCUUCCACCAAUAGGGCUGAAAUUCUAGAUAAAGCAUUACUUAGACCUGGUAGAUUUGAUAGGCAUAUUUUAAUAGAUUUACCAACAAUUGAAGAAAGAAAACAAAUCUUUGAAUAUCAUUUAAAAAAAAUUGUCGUGCAACUAGAUACGGAUAAAUAUUCGCAGUAUUUAUCAUUUCUAACACCUGGCUUUACCGGUGCUGAUAUUGCAAAUGUAUGUAAUGAAGCUGCGUUAUAUGCUGCUAGAAACAACAAAAAAAUUGUCGAAGGUUCAGAUCUUAUGUAUGCAAUAGAUAAGACGAUAGGUGGUAUAGAGAAAAAAAGUAAUACAAUAGCACCAUCCAUGAAACGUGUUGUUGCUUAUCAUGAAGCUGGGCAUGCGUUAAUUGGGUGGCUAUUAAAAUAUACUAGUGCUCUACUUAAAGUAUCUAUUGUACCUAGAACUAAUCAUAAGUUAGGUUUUGCACAGUACACCGAAAGUGAAUACAAACUUAAAAGUAAAGAAGAACUCUAUGAAUCGAUGUGCAUGAUAUUAGGUGGUCGUGCAGCAGAAAAUGUAGUUUUUAAUCAAAUAACAACUGGAGCCCAAGAUGAUUUAGAAAAAGUAACAAAACUUGCGUAUCUUCAAGUACAAAAGUUUGGGAUGUGUCCUGCUUUAGGACUACUAUCUUUUGACGAAAAUUAUACUAGUCAAGAAACUAAGAAACCAUACAGUAAACAAUUAGGAAAUCUAAUGGAUGCCGAAGCGCGAAAAUUAAUAACAAAAGCAUAUGAAGGAGCACAAAAAAUAUUAACUGAUAAUAGAGAUAAACUAGAAAAAAUAGCUGAAAAUUUGUUAGAAAAGGAAACAUUAACUUAUGAUGACAUAGAAAAGUUGAUUGGUCCACCACCAUAUGGUAAAAAAGGGCUUAUUGAUAUAGACGAGUUAAUCAAAUCCAAUCCAAACAUUGAAUCACAAACUGCAAAUCCAGCAACAACAUGAAUUAAACAUUAAUUAAGCACAUUAAACGUUAUUAAUAUUCAUAUAUAUAUAUAUAUAAU